AUGGUCAUCUCCCCUGACACCUGGGUUCGGGUUUUAGCUCAGCCGGAGGGAGGAAAACCCGACGGUAAAGCAGAGUCCGCUCACUCGGAGGGAAGUGGAGCCUGGGUCCCUCGGCUGCCCCGGAGACAGCGUGGCUGGACCCUCUGGUGGACAUGGUGGGGGGCUCUGGGGCCGGCCUUGCUGCUCACCUCACUCCUCGAUGCCUGGGCAGGGCUGGGCCCCGGGCAGGGCGAGCAGGCUGUGACGGUGGCCGUGGUGUUCGGCAGCUCAGGGCCAUUGCAGGCCCAGGCCCAUACCCGCCUCAUCCCCCAGAGCUUCCUGGACCUGCUCCUAGAGAUCCGACCACUCACCGUGGGGGUCAACGCCACCAACCCCAGCAGUCUUCUCACCCAGAUCUGCGGGCUGCUGGGUGCUGCCCGCGUCCAAGGCAUCAUCUCUGAGGGCAACGUCGGCACUGAGGCCGUGGCCCAGAUCCUGGAUGUCAUCUCCUCCCAGCCCCUCGUGCCUAUCCUCAGCAUCAGUGGGGGCUCCGCCGUGGUCCUCACCCCUAAGAUGCCUGUUCAGAAUCAUGUCCCCUCAUCCCUGGAGCCUGGAGCCAGGCUGGGGCUGGGGGAGUGGGGCUGA